AUGGGCCGGUGCGCUCAGGACAAGGUAUCGCCUAUAUUUAUACCGGGAAAUGCGAGACCAGUGCCACCGGUCGGCCCCCAAAUACUGGGCGAUAUGAUCCAGUUCCGACAGGAGCUCAUACCAGUGCCACCGGUCGGCCCCCAAAUACUGGGCGAUAUGAUCCAGUUCCGACAGGAGCUCAUGUACCCGUACAACCUGAGCGACUUCACGGAGAUUACAUCAGCCAAACCCCUACACGACCAGCCCUUGCCAUUCCGACUGCCAUUCUUUGGCUUCUGGUAUCACUAUAUUUGGAUCCAAAGGGACGGCUACCUGGCCUUCAAUAAGGGGUUACUGUCGUACAAGUUUCCCGUGAAGUUCCCGUUCGUACCCAAGGAUAACCUUAUGGAGGAGGACCCCUCGAUGAUCGCCCCCUGGUUUGCACAGCAGGACAUACCUACGGAAGUGCCGCACGCGGGCGUCUACUUAAAGAUCGUAAACCUUGAGUCGGAGCAAAAUAUCACGUUAAGAGAUCGCAUAUACUAUGACUUCCGGGAGGAUGCCACUUGUGGUUAUCGCAUAUACUAUGACUUCCGGGAGGGUAUGAUCGGUGCCUCCGAUUUCAAGCCUAAGUUUGCGCUGAUAAUCACGUGGCGGAACAUGACCAUGGUCAAUAGGCGACCUGAGAUGCCACUUGUGACAAACACAUACCAGUGCGUGUUGGCCACGGAUGAGAUCCGGACGUACGCUAUGUUUAAUUACGAACAAAUCCAGUGGAUUACCCAUCAGGACAACUACGAGGGUCUCAAGGGGUCGGCAGCUUAUGUGGGUUUCAACGCCGGUGACACUUCCCAUACCUACGAAUUCAAGCCGUACUCGCAAAACCCUCUCGUAUCCUACCUGACCACCCGGGGCUGUGGUAACGGUUUAAGAGGGCGUUACUUUUUCCAGAUUGACGGGGAGGUGUGGCCGGGCGCCUGUGUCGAGAAGGCCUUAUAG